AAAAGGGCCAGCCCAACAAACCAGAGGGGCACUUCUAAGCCAGGAACAUCUUCAGGAUGGACAUUUUCCUUCUCUGUGCCUUGCUGCCUCUGGUGACUGUGGCAUGGGGCCAGUACAGUGACUACUACUACGGUCCCUAUAACUAUGGAGAUAAUGACGAAUGGGUCAAUGUGUACCGGCAAGGUUUCAACUUUCAGUGCCCACAUGGGCAGGUGAUCGUGGCCGUCAGAAGUGUCUUCAGCAAGAAGGAAGGCUCUGACAGACUGUGGAACUAUGCCUGCAUGCCAGCAUCCCAGAGCCUCGGUGAGCCGACAGAGUGCUGGUGGGAGGAGAUCAACAGGGCAGGAACCGAAUGGUACCAAACCUGCUCCAACAACGGGCUGGUGGCCGGUUUCCAGAGUCAGUAUUUUCCCUCGGUGCUGGACCGGGAGUGGCAAUUCUACUGCUGCCGCUAUAGCCGGAGAUGCCCCUACUCCUGCUGGUUAACAACAGAAUACCCAGGACACUAUGGAGAAGACAUGGACAUGAUGAUGUACACUUAUGACUAUUACAUCCGCGGGGCAACCACAACUUUCUCUGCUGUGCACAGGGAUCGUCAGUGGAAAUUUAUUGUCUGCAGGAUGACAGACUAUGACUGCCCAUUUCAAAAUGUUUAAAAAGAUUGAGUGCACUUCACUUGGAAAGCUUGGGGACAGACAGGGUGGGAUGAGGAUUAAUGAUUACAGAAGAAGGUCAGUUAGGCUCACAAAAAGUUACCAAGACUCAUCAGCUGUCUGCUGCAGACACAAUUAUUUCCCUCUGGAGCUAAUACAUAAAUUGCCAGCCCACAUGCUCGCAACAGUGAAUUCCUUCAAGCUGCACUGAGAGUUGUAGCCCCCAAUUAAAUUUGCUUAUGACAUACACGUUUAUGAUAUACAAAUCUAUGGCAUAUGCACAGUUGCCUUUUUUAUAUAUACAUGUAGCCAUUCUAAACACGUACCAUUUCCUUUCACAUAGCAGCUUUAUAUAAAUGGCUUCCCAGCACAGCCACUCUGAAUGAGGUGGAAACAUACUAUACACUUCCCAACACACACUAGACUUUCCUGUCUUCUACUUUGUACUUGGAACCAACCCAGUGACCCCUACCAGCUUCUCAGAGCUGGAAGUGUGCAGAAAACAUUGUUGGUAGGUGUCUGAUGGGCUGCAUCUGGCAUCACCUGUCAACAGCUGUCAGCACAACUCCACUGCAACAAAGGUCUGCCCACACGGGAGAAUUCCAGAUAUUUACAACAGGAAGACAUCAAUAUCCAAUAAAAAGGAGAGCAGAUCCACCAAUAAAAACAGAAGUCUAACCCAGCUUUACUGAGAGUCUCUUUUAUAUUGUCUUAAAAAGCUCUAAUGACAAAACUAACCAAGAACUUUGCUCUGGGCAAACCCAGGAGUGGUCAGGCCACUCACUCUCAGUAAAUAUAGGUAUCACAUUCUUCAGGAGUCUGAUUUUCAGGUGGAUUUUUUUCCACUAUGGGUGCCUGUACAACAUCCAUCUUCCCUUGGUAAUAAGUUCUUGGCUUAGAAUAGACAAAGUUAGUGACUUAGGUUCCUCCAAUUUGCAGAUCCUAUUGCCUAUGAAGUAUAAACUGACCAUGUUUCAACACUGCACAGCACUUGUGCAGCUGCAGCCCAACAAAAGGGAAUAUUGAUCUGUUUUAGGAAGACCUGAAGUAGGAUCUUCACUCUUGAAAAAGCCAGAAUUUAGGGUUCAGUUUCUUGGUUGAUGAAUUCAACAGUGAAGUUAACAGUGGCUUUGGUGGUGCUGGCUCAAGGGCAUGAUGACUCCAUGUGCCAAUUUAAGGCUGCAAGGCUUCAUGUGAAACAGUGGUGUCUGCCAGUCAGUUUCCAUAUUCCAAGCAUUGUUAGCACGUUUACAAGCAUACCCUCUUGUCCAAUAAAAAAAUGAUAGGUUUUGCUUUGCUGUAA